AUGUUAGAAGCUUUAAAAUUUCCCCAAAAAUUUGUGGAGUUGAUCAUGAUUUGCGUAACUACUCCUCGGUUCUCUUUCUGCAUUAAUGGAGCUUUACAUGGGUAUCUUCAAUCCAAGAGGGGUUUGAGACAGGGAGAUCCUAUGUCGCCUCUUCAUUUUGUUAUUGGUAUGGAGUAUUUGUCCAGGAUCUUAACAAAGAUAGCAAAAGAUAGCAAAUUUCAAUUCCACCCGAGAUGUAAGAGUUUGGCUCUCACUCACCUUUGUUUUGCGGAUGAUCUCCUUUUGUUUUGUAAAGGAGAUUAUGUUUCAGCAACUCUGUUGCUAAGGGCCUUCAAGCUGUUUGAGAAUUCUUCUGGCCUUAAAGCGAAUAUUGGGAAGUCUGUUGUGUAUGGUACAGGUAUGGACACUCAUUCCUUUGAGAGAAUAGUGGAUAUUUCUGGUUUUCAAAAGAGUUUACUGCCUUUUAAAUACUUGGGUAUGAAAAUCUGUUUGAAAAGGCUUACUAGGGCUGACUGUGAUUGCUUAGUUGAUAAAAUGACCAAAAGAAUUAAGGUUUGGAGCAGUAGAAACCUUUCUUAUGCUGGCAGGAUAGUUUUAAUUAAUUCUGUUUUGCUUUCCAUAAAUUCUUUUUCGUCUCAAAUAAUUAUCCUUCCUAAGAUGGUUGUUCAAAAAAUAAACCAAGUUUGUCGAGCCUUUCUUUGGAAGAGUAGUGAGAUGCUUAAUGGCCUGGGCAAUGUUUCUUGGGAGGUUGUUUGUAAGACCAACAAAGAAGGAGGUUUGGGGUUUAAAGAUAUAGGUUUGUGGAAUCUUUGUGCUAUAGGUAAACAUGUUUGGGAUAUCACCAUGAAGAAAGACAACCUGUGGGUUAAGUGGGUGAAUUCUGUAUAUAUAAAAAAUGAUGACUGGUGGAACCAUAUAGCUCCAAAUGAUGCAAGUUGGUACUGGAAGCGUAUCGUGCAAACUAAAGAAAUCAUUAAGAAUUUGUUUACUCCAAUAGAUUUUCAGAGCUUCAAUUUCUCCAUACAGGGUCUUAGUAAUAAGAUGCUGUCUAUGCAAUUAGAAAGGUGGAAAUACUCUGUUAUUUGGGACAGAUCCAAUGUUCCAAAACAUAGAGUUAUUGUUUGGAUGGCUUUACUUGGGAAACUUCACACUAGAGAUCGGCUUUACAGGUUUGGAAUCACUCCUCAAGCUGACUGUCUAAUUUGUGGAGCUGCUGAAGAGAAUCACAGCCACCUAUUUUUCUCCUGCUGCUUCAGUAGGAAAAUUUUACUUGAAGUUGCUAGCUGGUGUGGUAUAAUCUAUACAGUUUACUAUGUUUGGAGGGGAAGAAAUAGAGUUCUUUGGGAUCAUGAGCUUCCCAUGGUUUCAGUUGUAGUCAAGAAUAUUAUUCAUGUUGUUUGUUGUAAAGGAGUUUCUUGUAGUGAAUACAAAGAUUUCUGA